UAGGGCGGUACAUUUAGAUUCUCUGCAAGAUGGGUUACAACGUGUUGAAAGAACUGUGGGCCUUCCGAUCGUCUGUCAUAUUUUGGUUUGUCCCAAUCGCUGCAUGUCCGCUGCCUAUAUACUUUGGUGUGGCUGAGCCGGAAUUCUACAGGGUAACAGCAUGUGCCUAUGUGGUGAUCAUCAUGGCGUUUUACUGGAUGUUCGAGGUGGUUCCUCUGGCUGUUACAGCCCUCAUCCCGCUUAUACUGUACCCUGUCAUGGGGGUACAGAAAUCUGGGGACGUCAGCAAGAACUACCUGAAGGACACCAACGUGUUGUUCCUGGGCGGCCUGAUGGUGGCAGUAGCUAUAGAACAUGUCAACCUGCACAAGAGGAUCGCGCUCAGGGUGCUGCUACUGGUUGGGUCGCAGCCAAGAUGGUUGAUGCUGGGUUUCAUGCUGGCCACGGCGUUCCUGUCUAUGUGGAUCAGUAACACGGCCACCACCGCCAUGAUGACUCCCAUAGGAGCCGCCGUGCUGGCAGAACUCUUCAAGGAGGAAGACCAACCGGCUAAAGAAGUGAAAGGGGAAAGCAAUCAAGCUGUUGAGCUGGACACCAUUGAUGUGGAGGACAUGCCACCUGAGUAUGACAGUUUAGCAGCAGAGAAUGGUGACGCUAUAACACCAGAUCAAGAGAAAGAAAUGCCUGUAGUGAUAACCGAGAAGGAAUCGUCUCGUCGCAAGUCUGUCCAGAAAGGAAUGAUGCUGUGUAUCGCCUACGCAGCCAACAUCGGAGGAACAGCCACUCUUACUGGCACACCACCAAACCUUAUUGUCUCUGAACAGAUGGAAAUAAUCUUUCCUGACAGUCCUGGGAUAGAUUUCGCCACCUGGUUUUUCUUCGCGGCUCCUGGGAUGGUCAUCACUUUGUUCCUGGCCUGGUUGUGGCUCAGUAGUAUUUAUGUCGGCUGCAGCUGUGCCGGAGACUGCGCCUGCUGUGGUCAGAAGAAGAGAGGCGGUGCAGAAGACGUCAUCAGGAAAGCCUACAACGAACUUGGACCCAUCUCGUUCGCAGAGGGGGCUGUGAUCUUCCACUUCGUUCUCCUGGUCUUCCUGUGGUUCUUCCGGGACUUGAAAUUUGUGGAUCUGGGAAAGAAGCAGGCUGGUUGGACAUAUUUCUUCACUCCGGGAUACGUCACUGAUGCCACUGCCACUAUGAUGGUAGCUUUUGCCCUGUUCGUGUUCCCGUCCCGACCGCCAAGGUUCCUCUGCUGUCGCAGCAAAGACGAUGAAGAGAAGCCCGGUCCGGUACCAGGCCUGCUAGACUGGCCGACCGUUCACACCAAGAUGCCGUGGCACAUCGUGCUGCUGCUCGGGGGCGGAUUCGCACUGGCUGACGGGGUAGAGAAAUCUGGCCUGUCAGCUUGGCUGGGGCAGCAGUUCAGCAAACUUGCAGGAAUCGAGGGAUGGACCAUGUGUCUGAUUGUGUGCAUCGGAGUAGCCGCUUUCACAGAGGUGGCCAGCAAUGUCACAGCUACAAGCAUCUUCAUUCCCAUCCUGGCGCAAAUGGCGAGAGGAGUUUGUGUGAACCCGUACUUCCUGAUGGUCCCAGCAGGCAUUGCGGCCUCCUUUGCCUUCAUGUUGCCCGUGGCAACGCCGCCGAAUGCCAUCGUUUUCUCAUACGGAGGGAUAAAAGUGUCCGACAUGGUAAAGACUGGAUUCCUGAUGAACUUGACAAGCCUGCUGGUUCUCAUGGUCAUGAUCAACACCCUGGGAGUUCCCAUCUAUGACAUCAACACCUUCCCCUCAUGGGCUAAUGAUACUUCCACACCCUGUUUUUAA